AUGGGCGGCCAGGACGCCGAGGACUUCUCCGCCGUGCGCGACUCGCGGAGCGAAAGAGCUCUACGCGCCCACAUCGUCGCGUUCCACGGCGCGUUCACGAACCCCGCGGCGGGCUGCGUCUGCGCGGUUUUGGAGUACAUGGACGCGCGGUCCGUCCACGACGUCAUGGAGGCGCGGUCCUGGCGGCCCCUGGAGGACGACGCCCUGGCGGUCGUCGCCCACGGCUGCAUCGCGGGCCUCGCGGCGCUCCACGCGGACCGCCAGCUGCACCGCGACCUGAAGCCGUCGAACGUGCUGCUGGACUGGAAGUGGCGCGUGAAGCUGAGCGACUUUGGCGUGUCGCGGGCCGUGGACAACACGCUGGGCAUCGCCCAGACCUACGUGGGCACCUUAGCCUUCAUGGCGCCGGAGCGCAUCGUCGGCGGCGACUACUCGUACGGCUCCGACGUCUGGUCCAUCGGCCUCUGCUUCGCGACGUGCGCGCUGGGGAAGAUCCCGCUGCCGCAG